UUAAUUAAUCCGCGUUUUGUCUGCCUUCCUUUCUCUUCAAUCUUGGUUUGGUGGGAGGUGUUUUAAGUAAGCGUGCGAUACAAAAACACAGACAUACUCUGUAACUCUUUGUGUUCUUGCUCUUUUCUUCUUCUUCUUCUUCUUCGUUAUCAUCAUCUCUCUGCAGAAAAGUAAAAGAUUCAACCUUUUAAAGCUGAUUCAGAUAUUUUCUUUUUUAUUUUUUCUCCGCAAAAAGACGAGCUCGUGUUGAAUAUUUGAAGAUUCCGCGCUAAAGAAGAGAAAGACUAAACCUUUACUUGGUUUGACCAAACAGGACUCAUUUGGUCUGAAUCAAUUGUGUUCAUUUGGUAGACAGAAAGAACUAGGUGUUAUUUGUUUUGUUGUUGUCUUAAUCGAGUCAAGGACUGGAUUUGAUUUCUCUCAGUCAUCAUGCAAAGAGUACGCAAUAAACCCAGCGGAGGAGCCACGACGACUUCCGUUAAGCAUUUAAUAAAACAGAGAGGCGGAGGAAGUGGCGGCGGAGAUACGGCAGCUGAAGAUAACAGCCUCUUGACGGAUUCGCAAGAACCGAGCAUCGAUACGGAUAAACUCAGCUACGAGAUUUUCUCCAUCCUCGAGAGCAAGUUUCUUUCCGGAUCAUUCGAACCCGAACAGGUUAACCCGGCGGCGGUUACUGGGCCGGCUAAGAACCAGAGAGGGAAAGUAUGUAUCUUGAGCAUCGAUGGAGGAGGCAUGAGAGGGAUUCUACCCGGAAAGGCUUUGGCUUAUCUAGAACACGCUUUGAAAUCCAAGUCGGGCGACCCGAAUGCCCGUAUCGCCGAUUACUUCGACGUCGCCGCCGGGUCGGGCAUAGGCGGUGUUUACACGGCGAUGUUAUUCGGGUCGAGAGAGGGUAACCGUCCGAUAUUUAAGGCAGAGGACACGUGGCAGUUCCUAACGAAAAACGCAAAGGGUCUUUACGGGUCAUCAUCUUCUUCUUCGCUCGUGAAACGGGUCAUGAGAACCGGGUCGUUGGGUAGUUCCGGGACGGGUAAGUUAAAGAGAGUGAUGAAAGAGUCUUUCUCGGAGCUAACGUUAAAGGACACGCUCAAACCUGUGCUCAUACCUUGCUACGACCUUAAAAGCUCGGCUCCGUUUCUGUUCUCACGCGCCGACGCGCUUGAGACUGACGGCUACGAUUUUCGGCUCUGGGAGGUUUGUAGAGCCACAUGGGCCGAGCCAGGGGUGUUUGAGCCGGUGGAGAUGAAGUCGGUUGAUGGAACGACUAAGUGUGUGGCGAUCGGUGGAGGACUAGCUAUGAGUAAUCCAACGGCGGCUGCGAUUACGCACGUGUUGCACAAUAAGCAGGAGUUUCCGUUCGUGCGUGGAGUUGAGGAUCUGCUUGUGUUAUCUCUUGGUAUGGGUCAGUUGCUUGAUGUAGGCUAUGAGUAUGAUCGGAUUAUCAAGUGGACAGCUAAGCAUUGGGCUCGACCUGCAGCCCUUAUUUCGAAUGAUGGUGCUGCCGACACGGUGGACCAAGCUGUGGCCAUGGCUUUUGGUCACUGCCGCAGUUGCAACUACGUUCGGAUUCAGGUGAAUGGGUCGAGCUUAGGACCCUGCAAGCCAAACAUAGACACUGACCCGAGUGGGAGCAAUGUAAACAUGCUGGUUGGAGUAGCUGAGGAGAUGUUAAAGCAAAAGAAUGUAGAGUCGGUUUUGUUUGGAGGUAAAAGAAUCAAUGAACAAAGCAAUUUCGAGAAGCUUGACUGGUUAGCGGGGGAACUAGUUCUGGAGCAUCAAAGGAGAAAUUGCAGGAUUGCUCCAACCGUAGCGUUCAAGCAAUCGGUUCAUAGGGCAGAGCAGAAGACAAGGGGCAAGGAUAUUGGUGUGACCGGAAGAGAACGAUGAACAAGAAAAGGUUGUUGUUCUCUUUUGGUUUAUUUAAAUAUUUUAGGAAAUGGUUUUUAUUUCGUUCUCAGGUUAUGAUUUGUUGUAUAGAUUUGAGUUUUGUGUUUGAGUUAUGAGACAUUAGGAGAAAAGGAGAAACAUCUUGUCAUAUUGCUAAAAGGACUCCCGCUCCUUGAUUCAU